UCUUCGACGCCUCAACAUUAAUUCUUUUAAAAAUGUUGUUUAAAACCUUUUAUUUUCUCAUCUUUAUUAUUUAUUUCACCAAAUCCUCUGAAUCACGAGAUUUGGGUUUCGAUCAAAGAAUAAGAAGUGAUGUUAUCGUAACGAAAUACGAACAACCAAAAGAUGAAAUCGAUGAUGAAGCAACGAGUGAAAGACCAGGAGUUUUGAGAAGAACUUUAUUGAAGUUUGGUCAAGUAGCAAGUAACAUCGGAACAACUUUAGGUAAACACUCCGUAAAAGUGACGAGUGCCAUCGAAAAAAUUUGCGAAAUAAUAAAAACAAUAAUUCCCGUUAUUUCUGCUGUUUGCGGAGUGGGCCAAUUUAAAUUUUGUGCCGCAACCGAAGGCGUUUCCGGCGAUUUUGAAAAUGCGAUGCAUCCAAAUCCGGGUGAUUUAAACAUCCAAGAUUAAAAAUUAAUAAAUAAAAGUUAUCUUACUUAUUUCAAUUUCUUUAAUUAAAUAAAAAAUAAUUUU